CAACGUAAGCCGGUCGUGGCAAAGGCGGCGCCUGCGCAGUGAGAGGCGUUAUAAAAAAAAAAAAAAAGAGCCGGCUGAGAGGUUUCCCCGGCCGGUUGACGGACUGACGGCAAACGGUGGUUCGCUCGCCGACUCCCGAGUAGCCGCUUCGCCCUUUCACCUAGUCGGGACCAUGGCAAGUCCAAGAACAAGGAAAGUCCUUAAAGAAGUCAGAGUGCAGGAUGAAAACAAUGUUUGUUUUGAGUGUGGUGCAUUUAACCCCCAGUGGGUGAGUGUGACCUAUGGAAUCUGGAUCUGUCUGGAGUGCUCAGGAAAACAUAGAGGCUUGGGAGUUCAUCUGAGUUUUGUGCGUUCUGUCACAAUGGACAAAUGGAAAGACAUCGAAUUGGAGAAAAUGAAGGCCGGCGGUAACCUUAAAUACCGAGAGUUUUUAGAGUCUCAAGAUGAUUAUGAUCCUUGCUGGUCGUUGCAAGAGAAGUACAAUAGCAGAGCUGCGGCACUCUUCAGAGAUAAGGUGGCCGUGUUAGCUGAAGGUAAAGACUGGUCCAUUGAAACUUCUCCUGCUCGGAAUUGGAGUCCUCCGCAGCCCAAGGUUGCUUUGUCCUCAGCUCAUCGAAGCUCUGGGGGGCAACCGCAGAAUGCCGGCCCCACUUCUGAUAAAGCAUUUGAAGACUGGUUGAACGACGACGUUGGUUCCUAUCAAAGCGGCCAAGAAAAUCGCUAUGUCGGGUUUGGGAACACAGUCACUCCUCCAAAAAAGGAAGAUGACUUUCUGAACAACGCUAUGUCUUCUCUCUACUCGGGCUGGAGUAGUUUCACAUCUGGGGCAAGCAAGUUCGCUUCGGCAGCUAAAGAGGGUGCUAGCAAGUUUGGAUCUCAAGCAACUCAAAAGGCUUCAGAGUUAGGUCAGAGUUUAAAUGAAAAUGUUCUCAAACCUGCACAGGAAAAGGUGAAAGAUGGAAAAAUUUUGGACGACGUUUCCCAGGGAGUCUCGCAUUUUGCUUCCAAGGUCCAGGGAGUAAGUACUAAAAGCUGGCGAGAUAUGACCACUUUUUUUUCUGGAAAACCAGAUGGGUCCUCUGAAAGGCCUCCGGAUACAGAGAGCUACCAGAACAGCAAAAGCGACGGCUACCAGAACAACACCGCGGAUCAGAGCUUUUGGGAGACCUUCGGCAAUUCAGACCCGCCCAAAACCCACAAGUCCCCGAGCAGCGAUAGCUGGACAUACGUGGACAAUUCGACGGAGAAGAAGAGCUCCGACAGCUGGGAUGUUUGGGGGUCAGGCACCGUUUCCAACAACAAGAACAGUAAUGGCGACAGCUGGGAGAACUGGGAGAGCAACUGGGAGAACGCCGCCGGGGAGGGCAAAGCCAAAAAGACUGCCAAGAAGACCGCAAAAGAACCCACUUCCGCUCCUGAAGAAGAAUGGGACAAUCACAACUGGUAGGACUCGUUCUCUCACCAGCAUAGCGGAAGUCGGGGUGUGUUUGUGUGUGGGGGGAAUAUCACACCUCUGAUGGAAGAAUCUCCCACAUAGCUGGACUAACCAACAUCCUUCAAUGGGAGCCUCUUUAAACCUCGCGCCUGCUGUUCCAUUCUCUUUCCACUUCCUGUUUACAGCCACCGUCGUAACAAAAAAACAAAAAAACAAAACCGUGGGUUUUGCGGAUUCUUGUAAUUACCAUACGAAGAGCCAAGCCGCCGUUCAUGGAAACGACCCGUUGCAUCAGCUAUAUCCUCGCCCGUGGGGUUUGCCCAACGUCCUUAAACCCGAGAAUCUCCCGGAGGAAGCAACUCCAUGCCAGCCUACCAUCCUAGCACAACGUUCGCAUGUGUUGUUUGGCAUACUCGCACAACUUCUUUUGUGGGGGAGGGGGGCGGUCUUCGGCUGAUGUUUCGGAGGACUUCUGGGUAGUCUUGAUACAUGUGGGGGGGAGGUUGGGAGGGCUAUUUUAGCCAAGUAACAUAUUGUGACAGAGAUGGGAUGGCUUGCAAUCGAGCCAAAAUAUAUUAUUUAAGAUAUUGUAGAUGGAUCCAAGUUUAUUUAAGGGUGAUUUUUUUUUUUUGGAAGGACGCUGUCCGCUUAAUAACUUUAAUUACUUAGAAGGAAACAAACAGCAUUUCUAAAAGCUUUUUUUUAAAAAAAAAAAUUCCCACUCUUAGCUUUGGCUGCUUUCAACCGGUGUGUGUAAGAUUCCUCAUCCUUUUUUCUUUUUCCCCUUAAACAUUAAAUUAAAUCCCCUCUAUUCUUUUUCUCCUUUUAAGGUUCCAAACGUUCCUCAAUUUUAGCAUAAUUGCUGGAUACCAAGAGUGAUGGAAAUACAGACGGGAUAGGUGACAGUUUUUCAAAACGGGACAUGCCAAUGUCAAAAGCAAAUGUUUUUUUUAUAACCAAACAAAUAAUUUGGACCUUCGCUCUUAUAAAAUUACGUUCAUAAGAUUCUGCAUUAGAUUUCCAACUUAACUCUUUCCCUUCCGCUCCCCCUGGGCUCGGAAGGAGACGACUGAAAAAUAACCCAAUUGCAAUGUUUAUCAUUCUCAGCUAUGCUGCAUGAAUUUGAGAAGAAGAAGAAGAAGAAGAAGAAAAAAAAUAUCCAGUAUCCUUUUCUACAAGGUCUGAUGUCAAUUCUGUUUUUGAUGCUUGUGAUCAGUUAGAUUGUUUUUUUGUUUUUUUUAAUAAUCUAUGUGUAUUUAAAUACUGCAGUGUUUAAGACCACUAAGACGCAAGAAACACUGAAUCGUGGUAUAAUUGGCUGGAUGUCACAACUAGGCUUUUCAGGAACCAGGAUGAAAAUCUGGUUUCUUUAUCUAAGAAAAACCUUUGGCUUGGCUAAUGAACUGUAUGAUGUCUGAGAAGCUGGAUACUGGAACGUCCAGCUUCUCAGAAUUUAGCUGAAAUCAUCUGCUGUAUAUAACUGUGUGUGUGUGUAUAUAUAUCAGGGCCCAUGGGUGAACACACGGAGAUCAUGAAGUAUUAAUAGUUUCCUACAAUUUUUAUGUAUUGUUCAAUAUGUCAGUAUCUUGUGAAGAAAUAUGAAGUACUUGA